AUGAGUUUCAUACAACGCGUCGACAGCGCUGCGCCACUGGGCUACACCACACCAGCCUUUCCAUCACUUUACUGGCCCCUACCAGCAAGCGCCUCCAGGCCGAUAUAUCUUUACAAGCCCAGCGACAUCCUCCGCUUCACUAUAUAUUGGACCCUCCUCCUUGUUGGUGGUAUACACUUCAUAACUGCACUGUGGGCAUGCAUUGUGCAAUGGCGCAAUUGGAAAUUGAUAUGGAUCGCUGUACCACUGUUCUCCUUUAUUGGGGGCGUUGAGGCACUUGUGUCUGGAGCCAUCGUGGGAGGACUGCUGGGUGGUGUUUACCAAGCUGGAUACUUUGAAAUGUCUACCUGGAUUCCAUUUGUAUGGGCCAUCAUCAGCAUGCUGGUACUCAUACUGUCGUCCUUUUCCAUUUACGGAGGGCUCUGA